AUGGGCAAGGGGGCCGCGACGGCAGGCUUGGGGUUAGUGAAGCUUUCCUCCGUUGGCGGUUCUGGGGCCGCCGUGGUGCCCCACGACAUGCUCCUGGAUGCCUCCACGCUUGCACUGCAGACUCCAAAGUUGAGCGGCAUCGUGGGGUCAAUCGGCACGCUGGUGCCCACCGCUAAGACGACGGCGGCCUCCCUGGUUCCUGCGAUGGCUGGUGGGAUCGGCUUCGUGGGAACUCUCGGUUGCCUCCACUCCUUCGGGGCCUGGCGACUUCCGAAGUGGCUCCUGGAUGAGGAGGAGGAGGAGGAGGCGCCCCAGGGCUUCAACAGUGCUUCGUCCAGCAAAGCCGAGACCGGGUGGCGUGAGCAACACCUGCUUUGGCCCAUUCUGCUCUAUCCGGCCAAGCAUCGCUUUGCUCUGCUUUGCGGAUGCUAUGACAUCUGCGUCCAUCUUCUCGUCCUUCGGCGCGCCUCUGGACGUCCCUCUGAGGACCUUUGCUGCCGGCUCCGUGCUGCUUUCCUUUCCGACGACUUGGUUCACCGACAGCAUCGCGCGCUUUUGGAACGCUUGCGCAGAGGAGGACCAGCCCGCACGUGGCGGAAUCUUCGCGGAGAUCGUGGCCUCGGGCCUCGCCUUCGUGUGGUUGGCCUGGGGCACGCACCUGUUGAGUAUCACGCAGACAGCGCCGCAGACCGCCCCCUUUCUGUUUUGGAACAGCUUCAUCCAGUGCAGCGCCACCUGGUCUUGCCUCACCUUCGCCAUCGCUGCGCUGUUGGUGUCCACAGUGCUGACCCUGAUGGGCACUCAGCAGAAAUGAGCCCAUUUGUCUUACUCUCUAGGGAGUAG